GAGAGAGCGGUCAGGUCCUGUAUCGGAGAGAGUGCAGUCCGGUCCUAUAUCGGAGAGAGAGCACUCAGGUCCUCUAUCGGAGAGAGCAGUCAGGUCCUGUAUUGGAGAGAGCAGUGAGGUCCUCUAUCGGAGAGAGAGCAGUCAGGUUCUCUAUCAGAGAGAGAGAGCAGUCAGGUCCUCAAUCGGAGAGAGCAGUCAGGUCCUGUAUCGGAGAGAGAGAGCAGUCAGGUCCUCUGUCGGAGAGAGAGAGCAGUCAGGUCCUCUAUCGGAGAGAGCAGUCAGGUCCUCUAUCGGAGAGAGAGCAGUCAGGUCCUCUAUCGGAGAGAGAGAGCAGUCAGGUCCUCUGUCGGAGAGAGCGAGCUGUCAGGUCCUGUAUCGGAGAGAGAGAGAGCAGACAGGUCCUCUAUCAGAGAGAGAGCAGUAAGGUCCUCUGUUGGAGAGAGAGAGCAGUCAGGUCCUGUAUCGGAGAAAGAGCAGUCAGGUCCUGUAUCGGAGAGAGAGCAGUCAGGUCCUCUAUCGGAGAGAGAUAGCAGUCAGGUCCUGUAUCGGAGAGAGAGAGCAGUCAGGUCCUGUAUCGGCGAGAGAGAGCAGUCAGGUCCUGUAUCGGAGAGAGAGAGUAGUCAGGUCCUGUAUCGGAGAGAGAGAAGUCAGGUCCUGUAUAGGAGAGAGAGAGCAGUCAGGUCCUGUAUCGGAGAGAGCAGUCAGGUCCUGUAUAGGAGAGAGAGAGCAGUCAGGUCCUGUAUCGGAGAGUGAGAGCAGUCAGGUCCUCUAUCGGAGAGAGAGCAGUCAGGUCCUGUAUCGGAGAGAGAGCAGUCAGGUCUUGUAUAGGAGAGAGAGAGCAGUCAGGUCCUGUAUAGGAGAGAGAAAGAGCGGUCAGGUCCUCUAUCGGAGAGAGAGAGAGCAGUCAGGUCCUGUAUCGGAGAGAGAGAGCAGUCAGGUCCUGUAUCGGAGAGAGAGAGUAGUCAGGUCCUCUAUCGGAGAGAGAGCAGUCAGGUCCUGUAUCGGAAAGAGAGAGAGCAGUCAGGUCAUGUAUCGGAAAGAGAGAGCAGUCAGGUCAUGUAUCGGAGAGAGAGAGCAGUCAGGUCCUGUAUCGGAAAGAGAGAGAGCAGUCAGGUCAUGUAUCGGAAAGAGAGAGCAGUCAGGUCAUGUAUCGGAGAGAGAGAGCAGUCAGGUCCUGUAUCGGAGAGAGAGCAGUCAGGUCCUGUAUCGGAGAGAGAGAGCAGUCAGGUCCUGUAUAGGAGAGAGAGAGCAGUCAGGUCCUGUAUCGGAGAGAGAGAGCAGUCAGGUCCUCUAUCGGCGAGAGAGAGCAGUCAGGUCCUGUAUCGGAGAGAGAGAGUAGUCAGGUCCUGUAUCGGAGAGAGAGAAGUCAGGUCCUGUAUAGGAGAGAGAGAGCAGUCAGGUCCUGUAUCGGAGAGAGCAGUCAGGUCCUGUAUAGGAGAGAGAGAGCAGUCAGGUCCUGUAUCAGAGAGUGAGAGCAGUCAGGUCCUCUAUCGGAGAGAGAGCAGUCAGGUCCUGUAUCGGAGAGAGAGCAGUCAGGUCUUGUAUAGGAGAGAGAGAGCAGUCAGGUCCUGUAUAGGAGAGAGAAAGAGCGGUCAGGUCCUCUAUCGGAGAGAGAGAGAGCAGUCAGGUCCUGUAUCGGAGAGAGAGAGCAGUCAGGUCCUGUAUCGGAGAGAGAGAGCAGUCAGGUCCUCCAUCGGAGAGAGAGAGCAGUCAGGUCCUGUAUCGGAGAGAGCAGUCAGGUCCUCUAUCGGAGAGAGAGAGCAGUCAGGUCCUCUAUCGGAGAGAGCAGUCAGGUCCUGUAUCGGAGAGAGAGCAGUCUGGUCCUGUAUCGGAGAGAGAACAGUCAGGUCCUCAAUCGGAGAGAGAGCAGUCUGGUCCUGUAUCGGAGAGAGAGUGCAGUCAGGUCCUCUAUCGGAGAGAGAGCAGUCAGGUCCUCUAUCGGAGAGAGAGCAGUCAGGUCCUGUAUCGGAGAGAGAGAGCAGUCAGGUCCUCUAUCGGAGAGAGAGCAGUCAGGUCCUGUUUCGGAGAGAGAGCAGUCAGGUCCUGUAUCGGAGAGAGCAGUCAGGUCCUGUAUCGGAGAGAGAGAGCAGUCAGGUCCUGUAUCGGAGAGAGAGCAGUCAGGUCCUCUAUCGGAGAGAGAGAGCAGUCAGGUCCUGCAUCGGAGAGAGAGAGCAGUCAGGUCCUGUAUCGGAGAGACAGAGCAGUCAGGUCCUGUAUCGGAGAGAGUGCACUCAGGUCCUGUAUCGGAGAGAGAGCACUCAGGUCCUGUAUCGGAGAGAGAGAGAGCAGUCAGGUCCUGUAUCGGAGAGAGAGAGCAGUCAGGUCCUGUAUCGGAGAGAGAGAGCAGUCAGGUUCUGUAUCGGAGAGAGAGCAGUCAGGUCCUGUAUUGGAGAGAGAGCAGUCAGGUCCUGUAUCGGAGAGAGAGAGCAGUCAGGUCCUGUAUCGGAGAGAGAGAGCAGUCAGGUCCUGUAUCGGAGAGAGAGCAGUCAGGUCCUGUAUCGGAGAGAGAGCAGUCAUGUCCUCUAUUGGAGAGAGAGAGCAGUCAGGUCCUCUAUCGGAGAGAGAGCAGUCAGGUCCUGUAUCGGAGAGAGCGCAGUCAGGUCCUGUAUCGGAGAGAGAGAGCAGUCAGUUCCUCUAUCUUAGAGAGAGCAGUCAGGUCAUCUGUCGGAGAGAGAGCAGUCAGGUCCUCAGUCGGAGAGAGAGCAGUCAGGUCCUCUGUCGGAGAGAGAGCAGUCAGGUCCUGUAUCGGAGAGAGAGCAGUCAUAUCCUCUAUUGGAGAG